AUCGAAAAUGGGCAUGCAAUUAUUUCCAGCAGAACCAGCAUAGGCUCGAAUAAGGUCGAGUGUCUAUCAGAGUUGGUGAAGCUUACGCAACAGCAGCAAUUUGUUCUUGCCAAUAGUACAAGCUGGUGUUAGCCUGAAAGAUUGCAAAGCUGCCCCGAGGUUUCCGCAUUGAGCGUCGCAGGCAGAUUGAAAAGAGCGAAGUCGAGAUGCUCUGCAACGCGGGCGAAUUUCCACUCGGACAAGGGCCAUCUGCUAGCGAUCGAGGAUUUGCAAGAAUAUUCCCUCAGCAAUGGCAUUGGAAGUCUCGAGCCCUGCUUUUCUGGGUGAGCUUCGAGAUGGUGAACUCGAGGCGCGCGCGUCAAAGUGCGCUAGACGGCCAGCUGCACAUUGUGAGCGCACAGUGCUACGGUGGUGCGUAGCGCCGAGUAGGCAUGAUCAGAGGCGAAUUGUGCAAAAG